UUGACCAAUGCCCCUGCCCCUGUUCGUAGUGCACAAUAAAGAGUAGCAGGAGAGGGGUCAAAUCCGUCGGCAAUCUCAUUCCCAACGAGACGAUAAUCUCGGUUCACGACGAAUUCACACGAAAGACAACUCGUCUAGUUUUCUGUUCUGCUUCCUUCGUAGUCCCAGUCGUUCUGUUUCUGUUUCUCUUGAGUUUUGUCGGCCGCGUUGGCAGAAACAUCGCAACGUGCGACUCCCCAUCACAUCAGGAACUCGAAUUUGUCCAUUAAACUCCUAACAAUCCUCUAGAUUCCUUGAUCUUACCUCGUCGUCUGUAUUACCCUAAAAAAAAAAUAUAAAAAUAAACGUAAAAAACUCAAAAUUGUCUACAGUCACGUGUAACCGCGGUUAAAAACAUGAAAAACGUCAAAAGUGUCAUGAAUUCUUGUAUUCAGUAACUCAGCGACCUGUGUGUGAAACAGUGGAAACAGCGGAGAAGUAGGGGAGUAUCCCCCGAGUGAGGAAAGAAUCACAGUCGGGGAUUAUCUUGAAACAGUGUGAAAUAAAACGAAGAACUCAAAAUUCUGGGUGAUUGUGGAAUUUUUAAUCGUGCUUCAUCAUUCCAACGAAUUGAGCAGUGAUGAAUAUGAUUAUUAUAGCCUCAACAAAUUGAUGAACACUCCAUUUUGUUGAAUCCUGUUGGGAUAAUAAAUGACGAGUGAUGAUUAUAUUAUGAAUAAGUCAGUGAUCACAAGACUAUGAGGAAGUUUUAGGGAAAUCCUUUUCGUUAGACGUAGCCAAUGGGGAGUUUAGUGUGACAUAUCAAUCCCUUAUUUAUUUUUGGCUUUGUGACAAGUGGAAACGUACGGAAAUUAGUGGUCCAAUAGAUAGUAAACAAACUAAAAGACCUGGAACCGGCAAUGAUGAGCCACAGAUGACUGUUAGCCGAGCCCGUUUAGCUCUCUUCCAUCUUUAAUAUGAGCAAAGCAGUCGGAGUGCCUACUGGUGGACAAAAUCACCAGGAGUGUGUGGGAAGCAUCAAACGACACAAAUCAUCAAGCUGUAAUGUACCACUCGUACACGGCAGAUCAAAUCCACCAAUCAACGGACGCAACAGACUGACCACUCAUCAACGAAACCAUAGCUUGGACUUUAGGUCGAUGGGUAUCUUGCUACCACCAGUCCCCCAAAUAACUGUGACUACCCUGACAAACCACCAUCGCAACCGUAGCCUGGACUCCGCGCUACAACGUAUCCCAGAGGUGGACGUCACCCCCUCUCCAGAAUGUGAGACAAUCCCAGACAUCUCCAAAAAAUCCUCGACCCCAACCAUAAAACCUCGAAGUCGUGAACGCGAGGAUUUGGCUAGCUUAGGUUCCGACGACUCUGGAAUCCUCUGUGGCUCCGAUAGUGGCUCGAGCGAUGCAGCAGCUGUGACCACUCGUGAAUCGAGUGUUGACCAUUUGGAUAGUCGUGAGAGUCUCGACUCGUCGUUGUCCCAAUCGGGAGACAUGGACAGUGUCGACAUCAAUGAUGCAGUCGACCCAAUCACUGAACCAAUUGACAUUUCUGGUGAUAAAAUUGUGAUCAUUACAAAGAAAACUGAUGUUGACGUGGAGAAAACUAAAGACUAUGAUGAGUACAAUGAUAAGACAGCCAAAGAGGAGAGAAGAGAGGCAACACUAGGUCUUAAGAAUGUUUUUAAGGGGAAUGAGGAAGUGGUGGAAAGGCAAUUGGAAUUAGCAGGGUCAGCAAUUGUCCUCUGUUGUGGCUCCACUCAGCCUGAAGAAGUGGAAGCUGACAAACCAGUGAGAAAGCAGGAGACUGCACAGCCCAAGGCCACUGAGGGGUGUUUAUUAAGGCUGUUCGAGAGCCAGAUCUUCGAUAUGUCGAUGGCUAUCUCCUAUUUGUUCAACUCCAAGGAACCUGGCGUCCAGAGCUAUCUUGGGAAUAAACUGUUUAGCUUCAGUGAUGGGGAUGUCGACUUUUAUUUACCACAGCUUGUAUUAAUGUAUAUUCAGCUGCAUGAUGUCACCGAGGUGCUUUAUCCCUAUCUUGUCCAUAGGUGUAGACAAGCAGCAGAUUUUUCACUGAAAUGUGCAUGGCUUUUGGAUGCAUACAGCUCGGAUGCACAUUUGCCCUCGAAAAAAAAGUCACACGGGACCAAACUGAAGAAUCUGAUCCUCUCGGAUGAGCUCCGAAGGAAUAGGAGAGCUACUGACGCUACGAGAAAACAUAAAGUUUCCAUACAGGGAGGAGGGCUCCAACCAGCAGCUGCAAUAAUGGUCUUACCGCCGACUCAACUCAUCACUUCACCCAAUAAGAAAACACACCAAAGAUCACAAUCCGAUGCUACUGGGCUGUUUCAAUCAUUGCGUCGUAGUAAUUCUGGUAUAAUAAGUAAAAUAAACCUGGGAGAUCUCAGUUCCGGCCGAGCAUUCGACAACGGAUGUACCUGUUUCCAUUCCUGCCAAGGUGUAGUGAAUGAUCUCCGAGGCCAGAAGACUGAUUGCUUCUGUGAUGCCCCUCGUCUCGCUCCAGAACUCGAAUUCAUUCAGGCCCUCAUAACGAUUGGAAAACUUCUUGGCACGAUUCCUACAAAAGAAGCUAAAACAGUCCAACUCGUAGCAGAGCUCAAUACCCUCAACCUGAACCUUCCAGCGCGAGUUUGGCUUCCUUUACACAGUUCCAUCCCCCAUCACAUCGUUAGGGUACCCCCACAGUACGCAGCAGUGCUCAACAGCAAGGACAAGGCCCCUUACAUCAUCUACGUGGAGGUCCUUGAGGUGGAAGAUCUCUACACCUCUCCAGUCCCCACUAAAAUUAUGGGGAGUUCCUUGAGACAUACAAAAUCUGAAGAAAACCUCACAGGGAGUGAAAAUCCUUCAGAGGAUCCAUCCAUUCCCUCGACAACAACAUCUGGACAACAAAACAACAAAACCCCUUCAAAGACUGCGAACAGACCGCUAACAACAAAUUUAUCGAACCCCCCUUCAAAUCAUCCCUUCAGCUAUCCAGAUUUCAUGAACGAUGAUCCCAGUGACUGUUGGAGUCAAGAAGACGACGAAAUCACUCAGCAAUACCUCCAGCUACGAAGACCAAGAGAUACCAGAGAUCGAGACACGAUAUCCCAAUUGAGUCAGGAUUCAUCGGACUCUAGAGAGCCGAUCUUCGUACCCGGGGAUAUAAAGAGGAGAUUGAGUGAGAUGGCAGCAACUCCUUCAGCAACUUUUAGUCAUGAUCCCGAGGAUCCUUCAGCUGCUGUUCUCAAGGAGCCCUGGGAGAUGAAACAGAGAAGGAUCAGGGCAUCGAGUCCUUACGGCCAUUUAGCUUCCUGGAGACUUCUUGCUGCUAUUGUCAAAUGUGGGGAUGAUCUCAGACAGGAAUUGUUGGCCUCGCAGCUAUUGGAAAUGCUGGGAAAGAUUUGGCAGGAGGAAAAUGUACCACUCUGGUUGAGGCCGUACAAGAUAUUGUGUUUAUCCAAUGAUAGUGGACUGAUUGAACCAAUUCUAAAUACUGUGUCCUUGCAUCAGAUUAAGAAGCACUGUCAGUUAACCUUGCUGCAGUAUUUCGAGAGGGAAUUUGGAUCAGUCAAUUCUGAGGAAUUCACUGUCGCUCAGAGGAAUUUCCUGCAGAGCUGUGCAGCUUACUGUUUGAUUUGUUACUUGAUACAAGUGAAGGACAGACACAAUGGGAAUAUCCUGUUGCAUAGUGAUGGACAUCUCAUUCAUAUUGAUUUUGGGUUCAUCCUCUCGGCAUCGCCCAGAAAUCUUGGUUUCGAGAGUAGUCCUUUCAAGCUGACACCUGAAUUUGUUGAGGUGAUGGGGGGUAGUGGGUCCAAGAUGUUCCAAGAAUUCAAGGGGCUCAUACUGCAGGGGCUAGUGGCUGCUAGAAAACAUAUGGAUAAGGUGGUCAACCUUGUGGAGAUCAUGCUUUCAGGUUCGCAACUUCCAUGCUUCCGCAGUGGUGGUGCUGCCACAGUCCAAGGUCUGAAGAAUCGUUUCCAUUUGACUCUCACAGAAGAUCAACUGCGACAACACGUGGAGGACCUCGUAGAAGGAAGUAUUCACUCAUGGUCCACGAAAUUGUAUGAUAGAUAUCAAUACUUUGCCAAUGGCACUUUAUAAUUACUUGUAAAUUAUUUUAAUUAAUCGUUUUAAGCUUUAAAAAAAUCGAAUCGUCCAUUUCCCUUUGCUUUGGUACAAUAGUGUACUAUUAUCAACGAAACUAAUUAAUUAUUCUGUCUCACUUCAUUGAUUAAUUUUGAUCAUUCUUAAUAUUUAAUUCAAUAUAUCAUUAAUUGUCUCAUUCUGCGUUUUUCAUUUUAUUAAAAUGCCAUCUCUUCCAAAUGCUUUUUCGAAUAAUAAUCCAGCAUUCCACGAUGUACACAAAUGAUCAUUUGAAAGAAUUAAUUGAUUGAAAUGAUGAAUUCUCAUGUCAUUUGAUGAAUAUUUCAAUUUGAUAUUCAAUUUCAACUGUAAAUAUUGAAUAAUUGGUAUAUAUGUCACGUCUGAUGUAGAUUGAAUAAUUGAUAACGACUUCAAAUAAUGUUUAUUAUUCUGUUUGGAGUGGUGAAAGGAGAAAAACGUAUUUGCCGGGUAUUUUGUGGAUUUCUCUAUAAGUAAUGACCUGAGAGCAAAAUAUCAAGAGACAUUUUUCAUAGCGAAAUACGUGAGCUACAAGAAAUAUCCUUUGAUAUGUUUCUGUAAAUCCAAUAGUUUUAGGGCCAUUCACAAAAUAAUCAGUAUAGAAUUUUCUGACUGCUCUGUCUCCUGUUUCUCUAUCACUUCGUUAAAAUUGUUAUUAUCUCGAUAAUUCAUGAAUUCGGAACAAAAUGGCUAAAGCCAUUUUUUAUAGGAUUUUUUUUUCACCAACGAAAGCGGUUUUUUAAAUUUUCCUCCGAAAGUCACUCUGUUUCGAGAUAAUUGCAAUUUUCCAUCACUUCAGAACUUCUGUCCAGAGUGUAAAUUUGAAGUUAUUCAAUAGGGCGCCCAUUAAGGCACCCGUUCCGAAAUUUUUGACGUGCCGCCCUCUUAAAAGACUCAAAAUAAAUGUAAAAAAAUCCUCUUCAAAUUUCAGCUCUCUAUCUCAAUCCUAAAACGCCCCCCAAGCGCCUUGUUUUUCGUAUAAGAAUAGUUGCACUAUUGUAUGAUGUGAACAAAAAACGAAAAAUUUCCAUCAAAAGUAGUUCAUUUACUCAGUAAUUUACCAUGAUUAUAAAAUGUUUAGUGACAUAACAGGGCCAAGGGGGAAAUAGAUUCGAAUUUUCCAUGAAAAUCCCGUAUUAUUCUUAUGGGAAAAACAAGGCUCUUCGAGGGCGUUUUAGAAUUGAGAUAGAGUACUGAAAUUUGGAGAGAAUUUUUUAUAUUUUUUUCGAGUUUUUUGAGGGGGCGGCACAUAAAAAAUUCCGGAACGGGUGCCCCAACGGUCACCCUAUUAUUCAAUCAGAUAAUAUCGCUAUAGCUUAAAUAAAAUGAAUAUUUUGUCGAAGGUGCCUUAUUUGUAGGAACAAAUGUAACGAGAAAUUAAUGAAUAAACAAAAAGGAAUGUAUGAAAAACCAAAAAAUGCAAUUGAUGUAAUGAUAAAGUGCGGAUUUAUGCAUCGUAUGUAUUUCUGUAUACAUAAAUUGAAUGGGAUCGGUAGUUUGUAAGGAAAAAUCAAUCGAUUUUUUAAUUUUAAUCGAAUCAUUAUUGAUCAUUAUUGAAUGUCCGAGGGUAACAAUUGAAAAUGAUUGAUAAUUCGAUAAAUCCUACAUUAAACUGAAUUUGUUGAGAGAAUCUGAAUAAGCUUUGUAUCGAAACGGUAAAACGUGAUGAGUCGAUUUGCUUGAUUUUGCCAAUGAUCGAAUUCCCUUGAUUAUCUCCUCCAGUCUGAUUUCCAUCAGUCAGAGUACAAUAUCCUCGGUCAUAUUAUACGUUCCACAUUAAUGAUUUAUCGAUUAUCUCUCGACCUUCAAAAUUUAUCGGAUAUUUUUCUCAAGUUUUUCUGCAUGUCGACGUCCAGGAUUUGUUUUACAAUAAAACCUAUAAUCUACAGAACUGAUCCCUCUCCCUCUUUUCCUAUGUUACAAAACUGUUGAAAAAUAUUCGAUAAUUCUGAAAGUUUUGGGGUAUUACAGUCGAUAAUUAAUGAGUGUAGGAAAAAAUGUUAGAUCACCUUUUUGUAAGAAUUUUUUUCAUUUAACGAAAGUAUUGCGCAAUUCUGUAAUAAAAUCAAUCAUUGAAUCAUACGAGCGAUUCACAAUAAUAUCCAAGAAGACAUAGAAAUGGAAAAAUUUUUUAGUCAUGCAAUUACCCCAGAAACAUUUAUUUCUAGCCGGAACUAUCGAGGAUUUUUUUGUGCUGCACAUUUUCUUCUCUGCAAAACAGGUUUUCUGACAUUUUAUCCUAAUUAACAAAUGUAAUUUCCAACUCCUUAUGUUUUGCCACUUCAAUCCAAAAAUUUUCAAUCUUGAACAAAUCAUCCAGCGAUCCAAUUGUACUAAUAAACAUCAAAAUACUCAAAGCUAUCCAGAACUAAUGAAUAAACAAAAAAAAAUAUUUCCUACUUUAUAUAAAUGAAUAAAAAUGCAUUACCUGAUUAACAGGUAAUUAAUGCUAGAAUCUUGAGGGAAUAAUCACGAAAGUUUUUACAUGUUCUUAUUGCAUAUGAUAAAUUUAUUAUUACAUAUUAAAACGACAAGAAGUAAGGGAAAACUCCAGGAAGAAUUAAAGACUCCAAACUGCAAUUUUGGAUAAUUAUAGAAAAAAAUUAUUGAUGAGGGAAAUUUAAUGUUAUUGCCAUUUUAGGUUUAUUCAAUUAGGUAAUUUUAAAUUAUUGUCAUAGUCAAGAUAUUGUAGUUAUAUGAGAAGAAAUCAUUAAAAAACAAUAUAUUGUUUAAGAAUAAUUGAGUGUGGGUGAGACAACAAAACGAGGCUUUAUUCAUUAUUCUUCUUGAAUUAUGUUUAUAAAAAUAUUGAAGAUAUCAAGAAAUAAUCGGACUAGUUGGAUAAAUUUAAAUCAAUAAUUUAUAAUUUUAUAUUCAAUGUCAUUGAGCCCUAAACACAUAUUUCUUCGUUAAUCGUAAAAAUUUUUGAUCAUCAAUUAAUUAAUUAUUAAUCAAUUAAAGCUUAGUUUAAGGAUUUUAUUUUUUUUAUUGUAUAUUUAUUCGCAUAGUUGUGUUAGUCGAUCAUAUCCUGGUGUUAUGGAAAGAAGAUUGCGUAAUUAGAUGAGAGGAAAAACAAAAAAUUGCUCACAAUUGAAUUAAUUAAAUUGGUCAUGAAAGUGGUCUGUAAUAUUUAGAUCAUUAAUGAUGACUAAUUUUCAUUGGGUUUCGAAUGGUCAAGUGAGAAAGCAGGAAAAUUACGAAAGUGUGUUAUUUUCUGAGCUUGUUGCUGGAAAUUGAAUAAAGUAUAUGCAUUUA